CUAUGCAUAGAGCACAAUCCAAAACAUCAAAAAUGAUUCUCGAUAAUUAAAUUAAAUCCGAAUGAAAAUCUGAACUAUAGAAUAACAAAAUAGUUUUCUAUUCACGAUGGGUAACCAAUUCAAGAACGUAGCUGUUAUAGCCUGUCUGAAGACAUUUUUGUUUGUUUUCAAUAUCGUGUUUUGGAUUACGGGUCUUCUCCUUCUAGCGGUGGGGCUCUGGGCGGAAUUUGACCUAUAUAAAUACAUGGAACUAUCUUCAGAAUUUUCCGGAACUGCACCGCAUGUGAUGAUUGGCAUCGCCAGUCUAAUUGUUCUUAUCAGCUCUAUUGCUUUUUCAUGCAUUAUCAAAGGACAACCUGUCUUACUUUACAUUUACGGUGGAUUACUAGCAUGCAUAUUCAUGAUGGAUGCAGGCGUCGGCGCCUCUGUGGCAUGCUAUCGAGACACAUUUGCGAAGGGUCUUUACGAUGGACUUACACAAACACUUAUUUCACAAAAUCCACAAAAAAACAACUUCGAUUUGGCACAGUCAACACUGCAUUGCUGCGGCGUAUCAAACUAUACGGAUUGGGUGAAGCUAUCACCACAGAGAGUGAUUCCAAUCUCCUGUUGUUUGGACCCAAACCACUGCAUCACGGCCAAUUAUAGCGACGUCUAUCAAAGGGGUUGCUAUGAAAUCAUAGUGGAGUAUUUGGAGAGUAACAUGGAUGUAUUAAUAGGUAUUGCAAUUGGAACUGCUUUACUACCCCUAAUUGGAGCAAUUCUAUCAUGCAGUCUAGCUAGUUAUGUUAAGAAAUCGAAAUAUGAUGUUAUGAAUUAACCAAUAAGUCAAUAACAGAUAUCUGUCCUGACUUUGUAUAUAUAUUCAUUUUAUAGUUAGAUUAAUUAUAAAGCCUAAUGACUUGAGUAUGUAUAACUCUCACACUUGCCAAUUUAUUCAAUUACAACUUAUGAAUUUCCUGAUACAAAUUCAUAUUCAUUGAAUGUGAUAUGAUGAA